GCCACGAACAAACAAUGAAAUCCUUCAUCGUCUUUACCGCCUGUAUCGUCGUUGCGUCUAGCGCUCCACUUGAAGGCGAAGAAGGUCUAGGGCUCCACGAACAUCACGAUUAUUAUGCACCACCUCAUUACAACUUCGAAUACAAAGUCCACGAUGGUCAUACGGGAGACGUCAAAUCUCAGCAUGAGACUAGGGAAGGUGACAAAGUCAAAGGAUUCUACAUGCUGAAAGAAGCUGAUGGUACAGUCAGGGAAGUCCAUUACACCGCCGAUCACAAAAAUGGUUUCAACGCUGAAGUCAAGAGGGUGGGACAUGCUGUCCACCAAGAAGAACCAGUCCCAGUGCACCACGAAAAAGUAGAAGAAGAACAAGGCCAUGAGGAACAUCAUGACUACUACGCCCCACCCCACUACAGCUACGAAUACAAAGUACACGACGAGCAUACGGGAGACGUUAAAUCUCAUCACGAGACUAGGGAAGGAGACAAAGUCAAAGGAUUCUACAUGCUGAAAGAAGCUGAUGGUACAGUCAGGGAAGUCCAUUACACAGCUGAUCACAAAAAUGGUUUCAAUGCCGAAGUCAAAAGGGUAGGGCAUGCUGUCCACCAUGUACCUAUGUACCAUCAUCAAUAGUAAAGAAUUGACGUAAAACAUGAAAUUCAAUUGUUGUACAUUUUUAAAA